CCUUUCUCUUUCUCACAUCACAUGAAUGGUGAAUAUCAUAUCGUCUUUAUUCAACCACCAACUCAUCAUCUCAUAAUUCAAACUCACUCUCUCACUCUAUCCAUUCCCAUAACACCAUCACCAUGGAGGGUCUGAUCAAGGGUCUGGUCGACGUCGCUCUCGGCGUCAACGAUGACGAUCGCGAUCAAUCACACGAGGAACAACGCUCCAGAUCCUCUUGGGCCGAAGUCGUCUCUGGAGAUCGCUCUCAACACGACAAGCCACAUGAGGAGGAACGGUGGCAAGAGGAAAGUCACAGUUACAGGGCUUCCAUUAGGCCUCAUAAGGAACAGUAUCGUCCUCAACAUAAGGAGGGUCAAUCUGAAAGUUUCAACACUCUCAACAGACCUCACAAGUUGGAUGAAGAUGAAGAUAAAGAUGAAUGGCAGACUGUUGGCAGACCUUCAAGGAAGAACCAAAAGGUUCCAAAGGAAAAUUGGCACAGCUAUAAACUACCUCCCAGUGAGCAAGAAUACUCUAAUGAGGUUGAAGUUGGUGCUGGUGUGGAACCCUCACAAGAUGAACUUGCUGAUCUGUCAAGAGCUUGUGACAAACUCUGGGAUCUUGAUUUAAAUCGUUUGAUACCUGGCAAAGACUAUGAAAUUGAUUGUGGUGAAGGGAAAAAGGUUUACCAAAAAGAAGAUAUGGCAGAGGGGAGCUUGUUUACUUGGGUUAGUGAUGAUGUAUUCAGAAAGCCUACUUUUGCUCGUUUCCUUUCACUUUUAGAUAAUUACAAUCCACAUCAAGGGUGUAAGGAAGUUGUCACAUCUGAAGAGAGACAAGAGCAAGCUUCUUUUAUAGAAGAAAUUAGUAGAACAGCUCCGAUUAAAUACCUUCACAAGUAUCUUGCUUCUAAGGGAAUUGCAUCAGAGAGUUACCAAGAUUUCAAAAGAAUGAUGACAAGUCUGUGGUUUGAUCUUUAUGGCCGCGGUGGUACCUCUGGAUCAUCUUCUGCUUUUGAACAUGUUUUUGUUGGAGAACUCAAACAAAGUGGUGAAGUUUCUGGCUUUCAUAACUGGCUCCAGUUUUACCUUGAAGAAGAAAAGGGGAGAGUUGAUUAUCAAGGCUAUAUUUUUCCCCGUCAACGAGGACAAACUCCUGACUCUGAAACCCAGCUUCUGACAAUUCAGUUUGAAUGGAAUGGUGUUCUGAAAUCUGUAUCAAGCACUUUGGUUGGAGUGAGCCCUGAAUUUGAAAUUGCAUUGUAUACCCUGUGUUUCUAUGUUGGUGGGGAGGAUAACCACAUUCAGUUUGGUCCAUAUGCAGUUAAUAUCAAGUGCUAUCGUUUUGGGAAUCGAAUUGGAUCUAUUUUCCCUAUUGCAGAUUCUUGAAUUCUCAGUUGCUGGCAAAGAUAUUGGUUAUUUCAAAUGAAAUUGCUUGUUAUGCAUACUUGUAAGUCAUAGAUGUAAGAACAACAAUAUCAAUUAAAUCAAUUAGUACAUGGUUGUACAAUAUUUAGAGAAGUACAUAUACAUUUGGUGGCUCUUUUGUCUCGGAUAAAGAUAAAUUAUUGUGGAACUAAUUUGCUUCUUUUUUAAUUCAAUCUUAAACGAUAUGCUAUUAUGUGU